GCUGCUUUGACAGACUACCGUACCUUGAACUAGAGUCAAAAUUAACAGCCGCGUCUUUUGCUUACCUUUCUGCUCAAGUUCCCAAGUUUUUGUGUGUGAGAAGUUAGCUAAGGCCUACACAUUUUUCAGCCUACUUUUGGCGUAGUGAACUGUGUUGUAAAAUCAAUCGCCUUCAUCAAGGAAAAUAUAUGUUUCCCCACUUAUGUCAGUGUGGGAUUUGAAAAAAACCCCUAUUUAGUGUGCUUGUUUAUUCUAAUCUAGUUUCACACUCUCCCUUGAAAGCGAACCUACUGCUGCAUUGUUACAAGAGCUAGUGUUCACAAAGAGGACCAGAGGAAACGGUACAUGGAUUUCCUCAACAAGCCAGGAGACCACCUUCUCGUUGUUCACUCCCCUGAUAACAAAAGCCAUCUCCGGACUCCUGUGAUGUCCAUAGAUGGCUCCGCGGUGUUCCGCAUGGUAGAGAAAAGUGAGGAGGAGGUGAACAAGAUAGUUAUACAGAUCAAAGACAAACUCACAAAGUCUGGGAUAUCUGCCAGACUCAUGCGACUCACGGGCGACGCCGGCCACGCCAUCGUGAAAGCAGCAGACGAGAACAAGGCCAACCUCAUCAUCACCGGGUCACGUGGUUUAGGCGCCGUCAGGCGCACGCUGGUUGGCUCAGUCUCCAACUACGUCCUUCACCACGCCCACUGCCCGGUUCUUGUGUGCCAGAGGAAGCUCCAUGGUCACAAGUCCUCCUGAAACAAUUUAGAGAA